AAUAUCUGUAGUCAACGGGUUGCUGGAAACAUCGCUCGGAAGAGGUGCCCGGCGCUGUAACGCAUCGCGGAGCCGUCAGUGCCGUGUCGCCAUGCUGCCCGACGACUUCCCCGCCGGAAUCAAAGUCCCGCCCUGGUUCAUUCUGCUCUUCUUCAUGCCUUUCAGCAUCCCUGGCAGGGACUUGAAAGACAGCAGCACUCAGAUACAGGACAUCUGGGGGAACAGUGAAAGGGAAGCUGAUCUGCGCAGGGUGGUGUUCGUCAUCCAGAGCCAGCGGAACUCCUUCCACGAGCGGCGGGCGAAGCAGCAGAAAGCGAAGCUUUUGCGGCAGGCGGAGGACCUGAAAGCGAACCUGCCCACCGUGCUGCUUCUGCACAACCUCACCGGCAACGAUGGCGACUGGAGCAUUCUGCCAGUUCUGCCACUCCUAGCUUCCGUUUAUGGGGAGACCUCCUCAUGGUUCAUUUUCCUGGAAGAGGACACCAAUGUACGGAUGGAACGUCUGCUCCGGGCCCUGAGCCGGUUCGACCCAGCAAAGGAGUGGUUCCUGGGAAAGGCCCUUCGUGACGAGGAGGCCACCAUCACCCACCACUACGCCUUUGCUGACGACCCGUCCGCCUUCAGCUACCCAGACUUCUCGGCAGCCUGGGCCCUGAGCACGCCGCUCAUCCUCAGGCUUGCCAGCAAGGUGAAAGAUGAACCACUAAAAUCAGAUUUCACCAUCGACCUAAAGCACGAGAUUGCACUCUACAUUUGGGCAGAUGGCCAGGGGCCUAGUCUGUCCACCGUCACAGAGCUCUGCACAGAUUUGGAGGGUUCCAGUCAAGCCAGGGACUGUGCCACCACCCUCCCCGAGCACAUACCUCAAUGCGGUGACCCAGUGAGGAAGGAGGAGAUUUUCGUGGCUGUUAAAACGUGCCAGAAGUUUCAUAAGGAGAGAAUCUCAAUGGUGAAGAAGACAUGGGAGAAGGAUGCAGCCUUGCUGGAGUACUACAGCAAUUACGCAGACCCCGACAUACCCACCAUCGACCUCGGCGUCCCAAACACAGAGAGAGGGCAUUGUGGGAAAACCUUCGCCAUCCUGCAGCGGUUCUUGAGUGACGCCGUACCGAAGGCUGACUGGCUGCUGAUUGUGGAUGAUGACACAUUGAUUAGUCUCCCAAGAUUGCGGACCCUCCUACGGUGCUAUGACCCCCGCGAGCCGCUGUGUUUGGGGGAGCGCUAUGGCUAUGGACUGGGCCGGGGUGGCUACAGCUAUAUCACCGGAGGAGGGGGGAUGGUGUUCAGUCGCCCGGCAGUGUCCCAGUUGCUGGCCAGCAGCUGCAGAUGCUACAGCGACGAGGCUCCAGAUGACAUGGUGCUGGGCAUGUGCCUGAGCUCCCUAAGGAUCCCCGUCACGCACAGCCCGCUCUUUCACCAGGCACGACCCGUGGACUAUGCUAGGGACCUCCUGGCUCACCAGGCCUCCAUCUCCUUCCACAAGCACUGGAACAUUGACCCGGUUGCGGUCUUCCACGAGUGGCUGGUGGACCCAGUUGUGCCACUGGGACAUGAAGGAGGGAGAGAGGAACUUUAGUGACCUUGAUGCCCUGCAGGAGUCCAACAUGGGAUGACAUCAUCGGCCUUUUUUUCCAUUUCUUUUAGUGUAAAUAUAGAACAUUUUGUCGCAGCUGCAGCGGAAUGAUUGUCACACAUGGGGCUGUGUCUUGUUGCGCAAUUCCUGCAAUAAGAAUUCCAGUCACAGAGUCCUGAAAUUAUAUGGUGUUUUGAAAGGCUCUUUUGAAAAUGGAAUGUUUUAUAUACCAAUACACAUUUUUCCUUGUAUAGUUUCAAUUUUGUAAUACAACUAAAGUUUCGGAAUGUUAAGGCUUUGUCAGGCGGCAUCUGUGUUUUUUAAUGUAUUAUAUUAACCAGUCCAAA